CACGCUUUCCGUGUUCACAAAAUUCAAAACAAAAAAUCAAUCAAUUUUUAUAUCCACCCAAUAUAACCACCGUAACAAACCCUAGCUAUCUUUUCCGGCAACCAAAAAACCUCCCAAAUCUCACCACAAUCCACCAUCCCGCCACCAUGUUUCUAGUCGAAAAAGCCAUCUCAUCAUCUCACUUCAAAUCCAAACAACCACUUCCUAAAAUCUCCAAUUCCAAACCCUACGAAUUCAUCGCCAAUUCAUUCCACCAAAAUCUCCUCAAUCAUCUCAAAACCCUAAAUCUAACCGCCUCCGAUCCACCGGAAAUCUCCUUAUCCUGGCUAUCAACCGCCGUUUCAGUCCUCACAUCAAUCCAUUCCGAAUCCGAACACCACAUCUCGGAUCUCAAACUAUCCGAUCAUAGUUAUCAGGUUUUGUAUAUGGAUUACAGCUUAAAAGUAUUGGAUCUGUGUAACUUGAUUUCAUUUGCUGUUAAAAAUUUAACCGAGAAACGGUUAUUGAUUAAUUACAGCCUCCGGUUACUUAAUUUUGCCGGCGAUUUACCGCCGGUUGAAAAGUUGAACAAAGCUAAGGAGAAGAUUACUAGAUCUGUUGAAAAGCCGGAGGAAUCUGUGGUGGAGGCGGAGAAAGGUGCUCGCGCGGCGGCUUUGAUCGAUGAGCUGACGGUGAUGAUCGGUAAGCUGGUGCGGCCACGUGGCAAGAUAUUAGCUACUGAAACUGACUUUAUUCGCCGGAUGUUUUACACCGUGGCGGUUAUAACGGUUUUUAUAAGUAGAUUGUUGGUUACCGUUUUGUUCGGAGGUGGUCGUGAUUCCAACGAGUUUAUCCGAGUCUCUGAUGAUUUUGACUGGGCUGAAUCGGUCAACGCUAUGCAAACUCGGAUGUUUGAAGUGAUUAAACGGAACGUAAACAAGGCUUUGGAGGUUGAUAACGUGGAAAUGAAAGCGGUUACAGUGCGUGAUCUGAUAAACGACAUCGUUUCGGAUGAUGGCGCAGAUAAGGCGGCGUUGGAUGACGGAGUGAAGGAAUUGGCAUCGGCCGGGAAGACGUUUUCGGACGGGGUUGACGCGUUGACUAACGGAGUUAACGGUUUGUUUAGUGCUGUUUUGAAGACGCGUAACGGACGUUUAGAUAUUUAGUUUGUUGGGCUUAGAUAAUUAGAUUGUAGAAAAAUAGUGGGUCGAGUGGAAAUGUGGAAGUGUGAAUAUAUUAUACGUUUUACAAAAAUAGUGGACUUGUGAUAUGUUUGAAUUAAUGAAUAUACGUUUGGUUAA